AUGGACGGCAAUCCCGGGCGCAGGAGGAAGCACCACAAGUCGUGGGUCACUUUCUCGAACUGGAUGGUCAACGAAGGGCCAGCACAGUUUGUGGCUGUUGCCUGGAUUGCCAUCCAACUCGCCAGAUUCGGAUAUAUUGUCUACUUUUACGACACCAAUGCCAACUACCGGACGAUGAGGACGGUGCUUGGCUGGUCCCUGCCGGUCGCCCGGGGAGCCGCGGCCGCUAUAACAAUCAACUGCACCCUGAUCCUGCUCCCGGUCUGUCGCAAUAUCAUCUCCUCGAUUCGCAGCUCGUGGCUCAACAGACUGGUUCCGAUAGACAAGAACAUCAAGUUCCACAAGCUCCUCGGCUGGUGCAUAUGCUUUUGGACCUUUGUCCAUGUCGGUGCACACAUGUUCAACUUUUUGCACCUGCAGCAGUUCGCGGAUGGGCUGGUUGCAGCUGAAUUUAUGAACAUCAAAACCAUGACCGGCGCCACGGGCCAAGCCGCAAGCGUUGUCCUGAUGCUCAUGGUGACCAGCAGCAUCAGCACUGUCCGAAGAAAGCACUUUGAGACGUUUUGGUUCACCCACCAUCUCUUUGUGCUCUUCUUUGGCUUGCUGAUGGUCCACGGCGAUUUUUGCGUUGUCAAGAGCGACGAUCCCGAGAUCGGAUGCGCCGGAGCCGCCUUUUGGAAGUUCUGGCUUGCCUCUGGGAUCCUGUACUUUGUCGAACGGGUCGUUCGCGAGAUUCGGGGCGGCAUGCCAACUCAUGUCUACAAGGUCAUCCAGCACCCGUCCAACGUCGUCGAGGUGCAAAUCAAGAAGGAUUCGUGCAUGGCAAAGCCGGGGCAGUACAUCUUUCUGUGCUGUCCCGAGAUCUCGCGGUACCAAUGGCAUCCCUUUACCUUGACAUCGGUCGAGCAGGAAGACUUUAUCAGCGUCCAUGUCCGUGCCACCGGUGACUGGACCAAAGAUUUUGCCGGUCGACUCGGCUGCGUCUGGGACAAGAAGGGCUGUGUGGUCCUCGAAGCCUCUCCAAAGUCCCGGUUGCCACGCCUGUUAGUCGAUGGGCCCUAUGGAACUGCCAGCGAGGACAUUUUCGACUUUGAGAUCUCUGUCUGCGUUGGUGCUGGCAUCGGGGUGACACCUUUUGCCAGCAUCCUCAAGUCGAUAUGGUACAGGAUUCAGAACCCCACCUCGGCGGUGCGGCUACAGAAGGUGUAUUUUUACUGGAUAUGCAGAGAAAAAGAGGCUUUUGAGUGGUUCGUUGACCUGCUAUCCGCCAUCGAAGAGCAGCACAUCGACAGAUUUCUCUCAAUCAACAUCUACCUGACUGGCACCAUGAAUGAAGCUGAGGUGAACAACGUAAUGGUCAACCACAAAGCCGGCGUAUCGGAUGGACUGACAGGGCUCCGAUCAACCACGUCCUACGGUCGGCCAAAUCUCGAUCUUAUCUUCCAGCAACUUGCUCGAGACCAUGCGGGGACCGAUGUCGGCGUCUUUUUUUGUGGCCCAAAGCCUCUCGAUAAGCAGCUGCAUGCUGCGUGCAACAAGUACACCAUGGGCGACGAACACGAAACCCGCUUCUACUACCGGAAAGAGAACUUUUGA